UCGGAUCCCACAGGUGUGUCCCUGCCAACUGAGCCGCGGCUCCUGGAGACACACCCACACACGCACACACAUACACACGCACACACACGCACACACACACACACACACACGUACACACACCUGGAAAUUACCAUGUGACUCGGCACCUGGGCGUGGAGAAAGUCCCCGAUAUCCUGAGAAGAGACUCUUUUGUGGAGGACUUGCUUGUGUCGCCUUUCAACAGGAAUUGACAAUUCGGUCAACCCAAGUAGCCCGUUUUUUCUACGGAGUAGUGCCUUUUGGAAACCCCUCACAGGACGUGUGACCAGAGUACAAUGUGAACUUGCUCUCGGACUUAUUUCUUUUUUUAUAUAUAUACAUAUAUAUACAUAUAUAUAUAUAUGCUAUGUAAUUUCAUCAGGAGCUGUUCUUCACUAUCUGGGCUGUUCGCGUUUGUGCAACUACUCUCUUCGCUCCUUUUCCUCCAAGAGCCUGGGCCCUUAAUGAAGCUGGGGGUCAGCGGCAGUGUGCGGCUAAUUGGCCAAGUUUGCCCGGGGCUCUGGCUGCCUGUGAUUGAAGUGUCCAGUGAGGACCUACUGUGCAGCCGCCGCUGCACCCUGCUCUGUUCCACUCCAACAGCCAAGGCGCUCGCUGCACCCUUGUCUGCCUCCCCCUAAGAUGGCAAGCUGGGUCUCCCUCCUCCUCUUCCUCUUCUGCCAGUCGAUCAUUCGAGCCCAGGACGAGAGUAGCAACAUCCCCAUCCUGGAGUUCAUCACGGAGACCCCCAUCAACAAUGUGGUCCAGGACCCACAGACUGGUCGCAUCUACCUGGGAGCGGUCAACACCAUCUUCCAGCUGGGGCCGUCGCUCCGCCUGGAAGCUCGUGCCGAGACGGGCCCCAAAGAGGACGCCCGGACCUGUACGCCUCCUGCUUCGGCCUGCCAGGACACGAAGCUCAUGCCCAAUCUCAACAAGCUUCUCCUGGUCCACCCGUCCAAUGGUUCACUUAUAGUCUGCGGCAGCCGCUACCGAGGCAUCUGCUCGCUCCUGAACCUGACCAACGUGGAACAGCAGAUGUAUUACAGUGACAGCAAAGGAGAGAGGACUUACGUGGCUAGCAUAGAGGAUAACGUGAACGUUGUGGGCGUCAUGUCCACCUACGCAAAAGAUGGGCACAACUUCAAUGUGUUUCUUGUUGGGAAGGGCUAUGGAAGCCUGGACAGUACAAAACUCAUCAGCACACGAAUCCUUCAGGACCUCCGGGACUGGGUUGUGUUUGAGAGCAUCAUCGAGGCAUCUACGGUCCAGACGACACCAUUUGUUCCCAAGUACCUGCACGACUUCCGCCAUGCCUUCAAAGAGAGCGGGUUUGUUUAUUUCCUGUUUUCGCGGACACUCGACGGUACGGAUAAUAAAAACUUUACCUUUGUGUCUCGUCUUUGCGAAGACGACCAUCACUACUAUUCCCACACAGAGCUCCAGUUAAACUGUGGUCUAAAUAACCGAUACAACAAAGUGCAAGCCGCAUAUGUGGCUUCUCCAGGAAAAGAUUUGGAGCGGGUCAUGGCUGAACCAGGUAUGUAUGGUCAUGCUGACUCCCCGACCAAAGUUCUGUUCAUGGUGGCGAGUCCAGAUGACAACGAAAAUGAGUCUGCCCUCUGCAUGUACCCGCUCAAGUCCAUCAACGAGCGGCUGGUGGAUAUCAUCAGCGCCUGCUACAGUGAUUCAGGGAGGAUUUCCGGGUUUCCCGCUGUGGACAUCCCCUACUCAUCUAAAACCGAGGAAUUCUGCACGUCAAAAAUUGCAAAGGAUACGUUGGAAAACUUCAAGUGUGGUGCGGACUUUCUGCCUUCCCCUCUGGCCAGUAAGCCGAAGUACGCCUUAAACGGAAAUGCAGUGUUGACCAUGUCGGGCCUUCUGACCUCUGUGGCUAUCGCUGUGGAGAAUGAUCACACCAUCGCCUUCUUGGGGAACAACCAGGGAGAGGUCUUCAAGGUACAUCUGACCGCGGACCCAUAUGUGUACAGCAAGACUCCUGGCACCACCACUGGGGAGAAGGUCAACAAGAACAUUUUCUUUGACCUCAGUAACAGCCACCUGUACAUUACCACUGAGAAAAAGAUUACCAAGGUGCCAGUGCAGACGUGCCUCCAAAAGAAAGACUGCCAAUCAUGCGUGGAACUGAGGGACCCUUACUGUGGCUGGUGUGUCCUGGAGGGCAGGUGUACCAGGAGGUCUGAGUGCCGACGGGCAGAGGAGAAGAAUGGCUGGCUGUGGAGCCCCAGGCAGCAGUGUGUCAAGAUUGUCUCCUUCAAUCCCCCGAACCUUUCCUGCAAAAAGACUCAGAAGGUGAAGAUCAACAUCCCCUCCCUGCCCACCAUCGGUCUCUCUGACCGCCUGCACUGCACCAUCGAGUCUUUCCGGAGCGAAGGCACCAUGUCUGAUUCCAGUCAGGUCUCCUGCGAUCUGCCCCACCCCUCACUCAUACCACAAACACCUGAGGACCAAGACUUUGUGGCCGUGGCCAUCAGGAUUUUUGUCAAUGAGACGGUGGAGCUGGCCACGCGGGAGUUCAAGUUCUACAACUGUGCCGCCACAGUGAGAAAAUCCGAAAACACACCUUGCAUGUCAUGCGUGGCCAGUCAGUGGGGCUGCCAGUGGAACACAAUUGACCACACCUGCAGCGACAUGGAUCCCAGUGUGAUGGUUCCUAACAUCAUCAAGCACCGUAAGGGAGCCAGGUGUCCUCAGUUUGAGAAUCCAGAUCCUGUGCUGAUCCCCGUGGGCUACAAGACUCGAAUCAGCUUUGAGGGGAUCAAUUUGGAACUCUACCAGGGUCGUGUUUUCACCAUCGGCACUGAGCUGAUGAGAAACACGGAGGAAGAGGUCAAUUUUGAGGACGGGCCAUUCUACACCUUCAGCGGCUUCAAUUUUUCCUACGAUAAGUCACCGGAGACCAAUGUUCUUUUCUACGUGAAGGACAAGGAGUCAGGCAAGAAGAUGGACAGCACGCUGAACGUCACCCUGUACAACUGCUCCAUGGGGAGGGAGGACUGCAGCCUCUGUAAGAACGCAGACCCAAAGUAUAGCUGCGUGUGGUGCGCCAAGCAGAAGGCAUGUGUGUACGAGAAGCUGUGCAAUACUCAACAAGGCUCCGAGUGCCCCGACCCCCAGAUCACUGAUAUCAUCCCUCGUUUCGGACCCCUGCGGGGAGGCAUCUCCAUCACCAUCCGCGGCUCCAACCUUGGCAUCCACAAGGAAGAUAUUAAAAGCAUCAUGGUAGUCGGAGAGCCUUGUAAACAUCAGGAGGAGAAGUACUCUGUCUCCACAAGCGUGGUGUGUGAGAUUGGACCUAUUGGCCGUUUGAGCCAACAGUGGGGCCAAGUGGAGGUGGAGGUGAAGGGGGGCAAGAGAGGAAUAUCCUCCAUGUACUUCACCUACAGGGACCCGAUUCCCGAGGCGGUGACACCUGCCAGAGGUCCUAAAGCUGGGGGCACCCUUAUUACAAUUUCUGGGCGAUUUCUGGAGACUGGCAGUAAGGAUGAUGUCCAGGUUACCAUCGGAGGAGUGGUCUGCAUUGUGGAGCAUUUCGGAGCAGAGAUCACCUGCAGGACGGGAGAAUAUCUAGCAGAUAAGGUGCCCUCCGACCCUCUCACCGUCACAGUGAAGUAUGGAAAGAGUACCCCAGCAACCAUUCAAAAUGCCUUCCAGUUCUGCGAAAAUCCCAUCAUACUGGACCAUCACCCCAAAGGAAGCUUUGUCUGUGGAGGGAGGAACAUUGUGGUGACCGGCUCUGGUUUUGACCUGAUCCAGACUGCUGUCAUGAAGGUCCAGGGAGACAACGUAACAGCUUUUGAGAUGGCCCGUGAAAAGAACGACACAGUCAUCCAGUUUCACUCCCCAACAAUAAACAGCUCCCUGAGCCAGCACUUUAGAACGUUCAUUCAGCUGGACAACUGCAAGAAGGAACUGAAGCCCUUCGACUACCACCCUGACCCCAUCUUCAACAAACUAACGAAGAAUGUCAUCACCGAGGCCAGCAUCAUCAUCGUCACUGGUCGAGGAUUCUCCAAAGCUAUGACGGCCAAAGAGGCUCAAGCGUUUGUGGGCGAUGUUUCCUGUCUGGUCAACACACUUCAGGACGACAAGCUGUUCCUGGACCCACCGCCCACCCCGCCCCGCGCUCGCUCCAGACGGCACCGCCGAGACACCCGGCCCGAGCUGCUGGAUCUAACGAUCAAGUUUGGGAAAGGGGAGUGGUUGGUCGGCUUGGUGCAAUACGAGAAUAAGAAUGACUCGUCUCUGUACAUCAUCAUCCCUGCUGUUAUUGUGCCCAUGCUGCUGAUCAUCGCUAUCUCUGUCUACUGCUACAGGAGAAAGAGUCAACAGGCAGAGAGGGAGUAUGAGAAGGUUAAACACCAGCUCGAGAAUCUGGAGGAGAGCGUUCGAGACCGCUGCAAGAAAGAAUUCACAGACUUGAUGAUCGAGAUGGAGGACCACACCAACGAACAGAGCGAGGGACGAAUCCCCUUCCUGGACUACAAGACCUACACAGACCGCGUCUUCUUCCUGCCCUCUAAGGAUGGUGCCAAUGAUGUGAUGAUCACAGGGAAGCUAGACAUCCCAGAGGCUCGAAGGGCCACUGUGACCCAGGCGCUCAACCAAUUUUCCAACCUCCUGAACUCCAAGACCUUCCUCAUUAAUUUUAUCCGUACUCUGGAGCGCAGUCAUGACUUCAACGCCAGGGCCAAGGUGUACUUUGCUUCCUUGCUGACGGUGGCUCUGCAUGGGAAACUGGAAUACUACACCGACAUUAUGAGAACACUGCUGCUGGAGCUGAUGGAGGAAUAUGUCAACAGCAAGAACCCCAAACUCAUGCUGCGCAGGUCAGAGACAGUUGUGGAAAGGAUGCUGUGCAACUGGAUGUCAAUCUGCCUUUACCAGUUUUUGAAGGACUCUGCAGGCGAGCCCUUGUACAAACUGUUCCGAGCCAUCAAGCACCAGAUCGAGAAAGGGCCCGUGGACGCCAGAGUGAAGAAAGCCAAGUACACCCUCAACGACACAGGCUUGUUGGGCGACGACGUAGAGUACUCAGUCCUGACCUUGCAAGUGCUGGUGCACGGCGAGGGUCCAGAUGUGACGCCCGUCAAGGUGCUGAACUGUGACACCAUCUCGCAGGUGAAAGAGAAAAUCAUAGAGCAGGUGUACAGGAACCUGCCAUACUCCCUGAGGCCCAAGGUCGACAGUGUCACGCUGGAGUGGCGUCCCGGCUCAACAGGGCAGAUUUUGUCAGAUCUGGACUUGACUUCCCAGAAAGAGGGCAGGUGGAAACGCAUCAACACUCUGGCACACUAUAAUGUGCGAGACAACGCUACAUUAGUCUUGUCCAGAGUGCUCCACACUCAGCAGAACUAUGACCAGAACCAGGAAAACCACGAAGAGCGAAAUGCUCUGCUGGACGACGACAAGGUGUUUCACUUGGUGAGGCCGGCAGACGAACUGGAUGAGAUCAAAUCUAAACGAGGAAGCAUAAAGGACAAGUCGAUGACCAAAGCCAUUACAGAGAUCUAUCUAACACGGCUCCUUUCUGUCAAGGGAACACUGCAGCAGUUUGUGGAUGACUUCUUCCGCAGCGUGCUGUGCUCUGGGGCAGUGGUGCCACCGGCUGUCAAAUAUUUCUUUGACUUCCUGGACGAACAGGCGCUGAAACACAACAAUGUGGAUGAGGAGACCAUCCAUAUCUGGAAGACUAAUAGCCUUCCUCUGCGGUUCUGGGUGAACAUCCUCAAGAAUCCCCACUUCAUCUUCGACGUCCACGUGUCUGAAGUGGUGGACGCCUCGCUCUCUGUCAUCGCCCAGACCUUCAUGGAUGCCUGCACCAAGAGCGAGCACAAACUCAGCCGGGACUCUCCAAGUAACAAACUACUCUAUGCAAAGGAGAUCUCCACCUACAAGAAGAUGGUAGAUGAUUACUACAAGGGCAUCAGGCAGAUGGUACCUGUCAGUGACCAAGACAUGAACACUCAUCUGGCAGAGGUGUCACGGUCUCAUACAGACAAGCUGAACACACAAGUGGCUCUCCAUCAGCUUUACCAGUAUGCCAGCAAAUACUAUGAUGGGAUCAUCACAUCCCUAGACGAGGACCCAGCUGCCCAGAGUAAACAGCUGACCCUGCGGCUCCAGCAAAUAGCAGCCGCCCUGGAACACAAAGUGACUGAUCUCUAACCCACCGAGUGGAGGGAGGGAGGGGAAUAGUAGGAUGCUGCCAGUGACUACAGGGGCUUAUUUCUUCUUUUUAGAGAAUAAGACAUGGAAAUAUAGAAAGAUGAGAAGGGAAUCAUGUAGGUGUCUAUAUUGUGCAACUUGGCCCUGGGACAAUUUUCUGUACUGUGGAUUAACAGGGACUAAUGAAAAUGCAGAUAAAGAGCGAAUAGGGGAAGAAAAUGAUGGGUUACACUGUCAUAGGUACGCCUUAAAGCUCCCUUGCCAAACCUUAAAGGUCUGCGCUCUCACUCAUGCUUCACUGACUAUUGCUCCCACAAUGCAGUGCGGCAAACCUCUCUCUAAGAAAUAAGCCCCUCUGUGGAGCACUGGCACAGGAGAUAAUCAGAUGUUCAAUUUCUUUCUGUGUAGAAGAGGUUUUAAGAAUUGUAUUAUAUAUUUUUUUUAUUGUGCAGUCUUUAUGCGGAAAGCUUUAUAAGGAAAAAAAAUUAUCUUUUUAAAUGGAUCACCUUGUGGUGUGGAUAGUGUUUUUAUUAGCCUGUGUGUGCGUAGAUGUCUGUGUGAAGUACAACAUGUGAACAAGAGCGUGCGUUGCUAAACUUGAGUGUGUGUUCACCCGGAUUGUAAGUGUGUGAGUGUGUGGGAAUGUGUGUGCACACACAGGAUGCCUACUGUCAGGCGUGAGGGCGAAAGGACGCCUGCUUUCUGUCAUUUUGAUCCCCCCUAUACCCAGUGACACACUGGAGCCUGUGCUCUGACCGAGCUUUUUGACAGAGACCAAAGGGUCCCCACAAGGACACUGGUUAAUCUAGCAAUGUACAGGCUCAUAUGACUGACAGGUCACAUGUAGUUUCAGAAACGUUUGAGUUAAACUCUUUGCUUUUGGCUCAGAUUGCCAUUUGUGCUUACGGAAAUCAGUAAUAGCACAGUCUGUCUCCCUUUAUUGUACAGUGCCAUGAUACAUUCCACUUCAACUAAAGCACAGAGGGGAAAUUUUUAAAGACAUUUCAAAUUAUGACUGUUUUCUUUGCUACAAAAUGUUCUUUUUUUUAAGUGUCAGCAAGAAGCAACUCUAUUCUGCCAUGGAGCCAUGUCACUCAUAUUAGCCCUGCAAUAAUGUCAGAAUACCAUGAGCCACAUUCAACUGUUGCAUUAGCUUACUAAAUGUAUUAUUCACAUACAGUAGCAAUUCAGCAAUAUGUUAGACAUUUUUCCAAAUUGAGUCAUGCAUCGUUAGUGUUCACGAUUUUAGUGCCAUUUUUUUUUUUUUUUAGUAUUACCCUUAUGAUGUUCCAAAUAAUCACCAAGCAUUCUGCCUCUAAAGCUAUGAAAUAGCCUAUUGCAUAUGAUGUUAAUGAUCUGCCAGAAAUGUAGUUGGUACUUUAAUGGAAUGUUCUGAACAAAUUACAGUGGUUUUAGCCUGUGUAUGAUGUUGGGGAGGUCAGGUUCAAUCAUGUACAUAAUUGUUAUAGUAAUUGGAAUAUUGAUAUGUCAGUGUCAGAGCCGAGGUGUCAACAGGGUAGGAAUGAGGGUUUGAUAUUUCUUGGGCCAUUAAACGCCACCAUGUUUUAUCCCUAAAUUGUAGGUUCUGCUGUUGACAGAUGAUUUAAUUGUACUCCCUGUAUCUGAUCAUGGAUGUGUGUAGUUGACAGAGCAUAACGAGCUCCAGAGACCCCAGAAUGUUAACGAUUCCUGCCUUGGCUAGAGAGAGGUUUGCACAGACCUCAAGCCUGCCUGCCUGCCUGCCUGCCAUCUCAGCGUGGCACCCUGGCAUCCCGACCAACAGCACUUGGCACUGCCCACUCAGCGCAGUGCAGAGUGGCACUCUGUAUAAUGGAAUCAGCAGGGGAGGCUUUUGAUCUUAAUUGCAUGCCGACUGCAGACUCCAUUCUUGUCUCCACUGUUGUUUACUGCUGACUCCUCUCUCACUGACAGAGUCGAUGCAAGACGCUUCUUUCAGAGCCUUUCUUUAACCAAAAAUGUGCCUUAUCGAAUAGGAUGAUACAUAUAUAUAUUGUUUCUAAAUUAUUCUAAUGGUAACCUAGGUGAUUAUGAUGAUGAUAGUGCUAUAGACACAGCAAUGUAUUUGGACUCGUGAUAUUAUGUGUGCUGUCUAAAAUGCUAGAUGCCCUGCUGCAGCCAGUUGCGUGCCAAUAGGCUGAAGACAUUUCAGUAUGAUUUCUUUAAUGGUUGCAGUUUCGAUGUGUGCAUUUCCUUUGGGUGUCUGUGGUGUGUGCUUAGUAGGACUUUGGUGGCGAAGGCAAAAAGCCAAAAUGAAUAAAUGUAAAACAGUGGCCAAUGUGAUUUGGGUUCAAAAAUGUCUGGCAUUCCUAAAUUAGUCUGAAGUCAAAGGGUAUCCUUAUGUAGAUUGAAUAUAGCGCAAAAUUGUGUUAAUUUUGGUGUUAAUUUUUUUGCCCUGUGUUUCUAAGCUAUUCCACGAUGUGUACGAAAAAUGACUAUCUAUACUCGACAAAUGACCUUUCUUACUGCUGUGCAGUUAUUAUUUUUAUUUCUUGUUUCCUAUACCAUAUAAAUCUUUGUAAACAAUGUUGAAAUACUGUAUUCUAACUGUAUAAUCCUAUGCAUUGAGUCCUGGGACAAAAAAAAACAAAAGCGAAAAAAAAAAAAACACUGUUUGUGCAGUUGUCGAGACUUUUUCCAUUUUGAAACUUGUGAAUGUGCCGUAAUGAUAAAAGAAACUGGGACACUCCAUUUUCAGUACAGGACCAUUUAAUGGAAGCCAAUGUUUUCCUCCCCAUCCAAGGCAGCUCAGAAGAUUCUCGAUCUUGCACCUGAUCUGGUUGUACUGGAUGAACUUAAUUAUACAAAGGUUGUGUUUGGACGGAGCAGUUACCCACAGGUUUCAUCAUACACUCCUCCGUGAAUAAACUCAGAGACAUAUACGCCCUUCA